CCACUUGGUAUAUUCUAGUGAGCGAAACAUUUCAUUAGCUGCUUGGUUAUAUAUAAAAAAUUGUAAAACAUUAAAAUUUGAAGUCUUUGGUCCGACUAUGACUCAUCAAUACCGGCCGGAGCAAAACGGAUUAAAUAUAAUUCAAGAGGUAAUUGCAAAGGAAGCUCUCAAUUACGUCAGAAGAAUACUGCAACCGCGACUACAAAUUGCGUUAUCCUACAAACAAAAAUUGAUUUUAAAAAGCGACAGCUGACAGAAGAAAGGGAAUAAGCAUCAGACUGUAUUUCUUUGAUCGUUCUAAUGUUCAAAAUGGCCACAACUGGACUCCAGCGGGUUCCUCUUUCAAUGAGAGGAAUUGAAAAUUGUUUUACUUUCGUCAAACCGAUUUCUGAGGUCGAUUUCUUGAGAGGUUUUUUGUGCGGAAUUGCACAGCCACGGCGAACAGGGACUUCCUUGUUUUCCACAAAUGCCAUUCUAAAUCAAAGUACAUCAGAAGUCCAACAACCAACGCCAGUGGUAACCACUCCAUCCAAGGAAACAGCCAUCAGUCAUUUUGGUAAAAAUGGAAGCACAACUGGGGAUGAAGCCUACAGAAUGCCACACCCAGUCUGGACGGCAGAGGAUGUCCGCAGCGUGAAAAUUACUCACCAAAAACCACAAAAGUUUGUGGAUGAGCUUGCAUACAAAAGUGUUCAGGCCUUGAGAGCAGCAUUCGACAUCAUAUCAUUGUAUCGCUUCAUGGAGCUCGACGAAAACCGCUGGCUCAAUCGGAUCAUUAUGUUAGAGACAAUAGCAGGAGUUCCUGGAAUGAUUGCUGGCAUGACAAGACACUUCCACGCGCUUAGGAGGCUCCAGAGAGAUAAUGGAUGGAUACACACACUUCUGGAGGAGGCUGAAAACGAGAGAAUGCACUUGAUGACAGCCCUGGAAAUGAAGCAACCUGGGAUUUUAUUUCGGGGAGCAAUUCUCCUAGCUCAAGGAACGUUUGUAAACCUGUUUUUCUUGGCCUACCUGAUAAGCCCCAAGUUUUGCCACAGAUUUGUUGGUUACCUGGAGGAGGAAGCUGUUAAAACGUAUACUCAUUGUAUUGAGUGUAUCGACAGCGGUAAGUUGCCUCUGUGGGAAAAUCUUUUGGCUCCCAAGAUUGCUGUUAAUUACUGGAAAUUACCGGAGGGUUCAAGGAUGCGUGACGUCAUUUUGGCCAUUCGAGCUGACGAAGCUCAUCACCGAGUUGUCAAUCAUACUCUUAGUUCCUUGCCGCUAUGUGCACCAAACCCAUUCCAUCCCGGAGAAAAAAAGCUUUGAGGAGACUGAGGCCAAGAAAUAGAACAUAAAUUGUUCAGAUUUCAAGGAGCUGUCAGUGCCCUUCCUUAUGUUCUCUCUUACUUACGUCUAAUUUAAUGUUUCACAUACAGAGAAAGGAUCGCAAAGACAGAUAGGGGGAUCAAAGUCUCCUUGUAACCAAUGGAGGUGGAUAAAAUAUAGGGUCUUUGUUUCUGUGUUUGUGUUAGGAAUCGAAGAGGGAGAGCAGUAGGACUAAGCUGUCUUUAAGGGUGUCGUUCUCUACACUGGGAACGAUGCUGCAAUAUUGUGUAAACCGAGUAAUGUAUUUUGUAACGUAGCUCAUGUACUUAUUUGAGCUAUCUCUUUGUUAAAAUUAACCAUUUUUUUUAUUUCAAUUCCUGAGCUUUGAUUGGUUUACAGGCCAGGUUAUACGAGUUCGUAUUAAAAAAUCUUUCUCGUGGAAUAAAUUGCUAUUUCGUGCGGUCUUUCGCAGAUCUUAGACAUUUCUUUGGUUGUGUUAUUAAAUAAAACAAUUAUUCCCCUCUCAGACGUUGGAAAAGAGAUUGGUUGUGGCAGGCGAGUCGAGGCGAAGGACAUACCAUCUCAUUUCUUAUACGUGCUGCUGGAGUAAUGGUGAAAAGCGUUUCCUUUUCGCGCGUUUUCAAACAGCAGACCCUUUGAAAACUCCUCUGAUUCAAAAUUGGAGAAAUACCAGGUUUUCUUUUACAGAAUCGUAUGAUUGAUUUGGCAAGAGUUCACAGACAGUUGAAAAAAAGGAAAAGAGAUGUUCCUUGGAAAAAUACAACUACUUCGUAAAUAAAUAAAUUUAAUCGACAAACACAUUAAAAGGUCGAUAUUUCACAACAAAAACCUCCUCUACGUACAAGACUUUAUCCACUUGUAAAUAAAUACUCUAAGUAAUAACUCAGUUGUGGGUACAUUGUUUGUUUUUCGUUUCUUCAUGGCCAGCCAGAUUCCUUUGACUCCAAUGAGUUCAUGCAUGGGAAGUUCUCGGGAUUUUUUCAGAUUUCUUCAACGAUGAUGUUUGUUAGAUUUGCCAAGGGAGCACGUUUUUUCUGAGGAAAAGAAGAAUUUUUGUAAAUACUUAAAGCCAAACAAGCUCACUGAGAAUAAAACAUUCUCAUCUCAAGCAAAUAUGAAAAUCUAACAUGUGCACUUACUGUUUUUCCCAUGAUAGGUAGAGUCGUGGUUCCUUUUGUCAAACUUCUCUUUUCUACAAGAAGAGACUUCACUUACUAUCUGUGUACUCAGCAUGUUCCUUACUUGUCCAAUAGGAUA